UGAGAGAAAGUUUCCUCUAAACCUGAACCUAUUGGACAGAUGCCCCUUCACCGUGUUACAAGUAGCAUGAGUUCCAGCCAGAUUCCACAGCAAAUGAAACAUCAGAGACUUAACAUGCAGAAGAAACCUUCCAAGUGUGGUGAAUGUGGAAAACGCUUUACUCAGAGAUCAUCUCUUACUCAGCACCAGAGGAUUCACACGGGGGAGAAGCCCUGUGUGUGCAGUGAAUGUGGAACUUGUUUCUGUAAACAGUCAAACCUUACUCAACAUCUGAGGAUUCACACAGGAGAGAAACCUUAUAAAUGUAAUGAAUGUGAGAAAGCCUUUCAAACAAGAGCAAUCCUUGUCCAGCAUUUGAGAAUUCACACUGGUGAGAAACCCUAUAAAUGCAAUGAGUGCGGCAAAGCCUUUUGUCAGAGCCCAUCCCUUAUUAAACACCUGCGGAUUCAUACUGGAGAGAAACCUUAUAAAUGCAGCGAAUGCGGCAAAGCCUUCAGCCAAAGCAUAUGCCUUACUCGUCACCAGAGAAGUCAUUCUGGAAAUAAACCUUAUAAGUGUAAUGAAUGUGGGAAAGCCUUCAAUCAGAGUGCAUGCCUCCUGCAGCAUCAGAGAAUUCAUUCAGGAGAGAAGCCCUACGUAUGUAAUAAAUGUGGUAAAGCCUUCACUCAGAACUCCUCCCUUGUUGAACAUGAGAGAACUCACACUGGAGAGAAACUUUAUAAGUGCAGUGAGUGUGAAAGAACUUUCCGCAAGCAAGCACACCUUAGUGAACAUUACAGGAUUCACACUGGAGAAAGACCUUAUGAGUGUGUCAAAUGUGGGAAACCCUUUAGGCACCGUUCAGCACUUGUUCGACAUCAGAAGCUUCAUGCUGGAGAAUAAAACUUGGGCUAUAACCAGUGUGGAAACACUUGUAUGAAAAUGCCGUUUUUUCUAAGUUCUUAGGAGUUUAAGACUCAGUGUUCAGUUGGGAUGAAUGUUUUGUAUGUUGAGCAAGUGUCAGUGUGUACUAAAAGUUAAGGAAAUAGACUCAGUACUAGAUGGCCUUGAGUUUGAUGCCUUCUCUGCCACUUAAUAUAUGUGUGACCGGGUUCUCGGAGUCUCAGUUUUCCCCACCCUUUUUCCCCCCAAAGAAUAAUGAGGAUACUUGCUAGGGUUGUCUUGAGAAUAAAAUGAGAUGUAUAUUAUAAAUAACUGUCAUUAAUUGGUUUUGAGUUGUAGAUGUUCCAAAAGUUUACAAAUGUGGCUACUGCAAACAAGCAAAGUUCAACAUUAGUUACUUUUGGUUCUCAUAUUGUAUUUUUUCUUAGGAACAUUCUUGACAUUCCUGAGCCAUUGCCAUCUCCUAAGAUUUUGGCCACUUCUGACUUUACUGGGCUGCUCUCCCUUCUCUACCCCAAUACUUAUAGAGAAACUUCUCAUUCAGAUGGUCCUUCAAGUAAGUGAGAAACAGAUGUGGUUCAGGGACAAUUAAUUAUUCAAGAAAAAAAUAUGUCAAAAUAAAUUCCAGAGGGAACAAAGUCUAAAAUGUAAAAAUAAAAACAAAGAACAAGAGAAUAUAGGUGAUUCUUUAUCCGAUACAGAAGUUGGGAAACGGAACAA